AUGUUCAUAAGAACUUGUUCUCCAACCUCAAUGUCAUGUUCACCUUCUACCAGAAGAACACUUUCACCAACUCAAAUAUCAUGUUCACCUACCAGAAUAUCAGCUUCGCCAGCUCAAAGAUCAUGUGAAGAACAAAUCACGAUUAAUUUAGAAAUCAGAAAGAUCCUUCGUGGAGCUGCUGAGGUAGGAGAACAACUCUUUCAUGUGAAAAUCAAAAGGAAGCGUUGGUAUGAUGAUAAUCAUGUCGAUAACGUACAAACUGGAAAUAGAAGCCAAUCAAAUAAACACAAUCAACAAACUUCACCCGGACAAAAAUUUUCAGUGUCUUUAAAGUGUACAGCUGAUCAGCAAACUUGUCAACAAGUUCAAGGCAGUUUCGAUGCUGCUGGAAAAUUUAUAACAAAUACUUUUAUUUUGAAUACAAUCACUGUGAAUGCUAGUUUUAUAUCAUUUUGUGAGGGACAACCUAAUUGUUCACAAGAUAAUAUUUUAGAUGAUGACGGGAUACAAAGAUUGUACCCACAAGCAUUAGUAAAGCAAUUUAAUUAUGAAACACAUCCAGAGUAUGGACAAUUUGAUAUUAUAGCAUUAUUUAAUUCAGAUGCUGCAUGGUGGUUUUCAUCAUCACCAUCUGCACCGAUAAAUUCAACUCAAUACGACUUUUUAUAUACUUUAAUACAUGAAUUGUUUCAUGGGUUAGGGUUUGGUUCUUCGUGGGAUGAACAUUAUUCUGGUAUAUUAACUCCAGUUCCCGGACCAAAUCCUUUAACAGCCAAUGGAUCAUCAACAUCAACAUCAGUAGAUUUAAAUGAUAAUGAUUAUAUCAAAUUUUAUGAAUGGGCUUUUGACAAAUAUAUAAAACUCUUGAAAGAUGGAACAAAUCUUACCACGUAUGCUCAAGAAAUAAAUAAAUUUUUCACUGGUGAAUAUACAAACAUUACGGGAUCACAGUUCGAAUCUAAAUUUAAAGGCUCACCUCAAUACAAUAUCGCAAAGAACAUGGAUCUAUUGGCUGUAACAGCAAACUCACUUGGCUUUAUUCCUACCAUUAAUUUUACAAAUGUAAAUGAUUCAGCAGUGAUAUUAGAAACUUCAUUAAUACCUUACAGAGUCGGUUCUAGUAUAAGCCAUGUAGACAAAAAAUUGUAUGCAAAUACUUCUGAUUUUUUAAUGAAAUAUGAUUCUGAGACAGGUGUUUCUUUGGAUCAAUUGGUUUCAAGAGGCGGGAAUUAUUCUGGUGGACCAAUUGGACCAAAAUUAAAAUUGGUUAUGGAAACUUUGGGGUAUGCUACACUAGAAAAUCCAAAUCCUUACAAACCUCAGAUAAUUCCUUCAAAUAAAAAUAAUAAUAGUAAUAAUAAUAACAGUGAUAAUAACCAAAAUCCUGAUAAAAAAUCUUUGGAAAAUAGCAUUAUAUUUAAUAAUAAAAAUAAUAAAUCAAGAUUAACUGAUUUUGUCGAAAGACCAGACUAUGGUACUAAAGGAAGAGCAAUAAAUGUCAGAACAAACUUUUUCAGAAUUACCUCUUUACCAGAAUCGAAUAUCAUUCACUACGAUGUUACAAUUUCACCAGACGUACCACCUGUGAUAAAUAGAAAAGUAUAUGAAGAAUUUGAAGCACUCCAUAGAAAUGAAGCCUUAGGUGGAAUAAAACCAGUUUUUGAUGGUCGUAAAAAUGUUUUUUCGCCAAGACCUUUAGCCUUACAUGAAGAUGCAGGAACUUUUGAUGUAACUAUUCCUGAAGAUGAUAGUAUUACAACUAGCAAACGUCCUCCUCGAAUUUUCAAAAUUAAAAUAAGGAAAGUAGGCGUCAUCAAUAUGGAUGAACUCAUUCAAUAUACAGAAAGAAAAGGUCGUCUAACUCCUAGUGUUUUGACUGCAUUGAUGGCACUUGAUGUUCUUAUCAGGCAUCAACCUUCUAUGAAAUAUAUCACCGUUGGUCGAUCAUUUUUCACACCUACUGAAGCUACACCUCUUUUUGGAGGUUUGGAAGUUUGGAGAGGCUUUUAUCAAUCUGCUAAGCCUGGCCAAAAUAGAAUGUUUAUCAAUAUUGAUCUUAGUGCAACUGCUUUUUAUGAAUCAUGUCCAUUAAUUGUAAUGGUUACAAAGAUUUUGGGCCGUCGUAACCCUGAAGAUCUUAGAAGAGGAAUGAAUGAUAAAGACCAUCAGAGACUUGAGAGAGCACUCAAAGGCUUAAAAAUACGCGUUGUUCAUCGUGGUGAUACUACUGCCAAAAGAAAAUUUAAAAUCAAAGGAAUUACCCCCACUCCUGCAGACAGAACAGUCUUUAAUAGCGCCGAAGGUCAAAUGAAUGUUGCAACAUAUUUCGCCAACACAUACGGUCGUCGUCUUAAUCAACCUUUUCUUCCUUGUGUUGUUGUGAGAAACGACGUGUUCCUUCCAAUGGAAGUUUGUGAAAUUGUCGAGAAUCAAAGAUUUUUACGAAAAUUAAAUGACAAGCAAACUGCUGAUAUGAUUAAAUUUACCUGUUUACAACCACAUGUCCGUGCAAAUAAGAUUUUAAACGGAAUAACUUUGCUUAAUUACCGAGACAAUGAAUAUUUAAGACAAUUUGGCCUUAGGGUUAAUGGUGAAAUGGAAGUGGUACCUAGAAUUUUACCAACGCCAACCGUUCAAUAUCAUGCUUCAUCCCGAGAAUCUAAUUUCCAACCAAGAGAUGGUGUUUGGAACUUAAGAGAUAAAAAAGUUGCAACUGGUUCUACAUUAGGUUCCUGGUCUGUGGUUGUGUUUAGUUCUGAACGUGAUCUUCCACUUUUAUCCAUUAAAGCAUUUAUUAGAGAACUUGUCGUGACAUGUCAAAACACUGGAAUGAAAAUUCCAAAUGUAAAUCCUCCGGUGGUUCACGCAAAUCCUCAAGGAGACAUAGAAGGAACACUGAAACAAGCAUGGCUUCGUGCUGGUAACCAUGCUAAAGCUCAGCCGCAGCUAAUAUUAUGUGUUUUACCAAACACGGGUGUUGAUUUAUAUGCAGAAAUAAAGCGAGUAUCCGAUACAGUUAUUGGCGUUGUAACACAGUGUGUUCAAGGACGUAAUACGCUGUCACCAAAAAAACAAUACUGUGCAAAUGUUUGUCUCAAGAUGAAUGUCAAACUUGGUGGAAUGAACUCCUUUUUAGAUCCCAAUGAAAUCCCAUUUAUUAGUGAAGUACCGACAAUUCUGAUGGGAUCGACAAAUAAACCAUCUAUUGCUGCAUUAUGUGCAUCUAUGGAUGCCAAGGCAUCAAGAUACGCUGCUUCGAUUAGAGUCCAGAGUGGCAGAACUGACAUUAUUGCUGACUUGUCAAGUAUGGUGAAAGAGUUAUUGAAAACAUUUUAUCAAACAUGUGGUAGAAAACCAGAUAGAAUAUUAUUUUAUCGAGAUGGUAUUUCUGAAAGUCAAUUUUCCAAAGUUUUGAAGGAAGAAAUAAAUUCCGUUAAAGGUAUAUAUGUGUCACUCCAAGCUGAUUAUUCACCAAAGAUCACCUUCGUAGUUGUUCAAAAACGUCAUCAUACUCGAUUUUUUGCAAUGGAUAAGAAAGAUGCUGAUAAUACUGGCAAUUGUUUGCCAGGAAUAGUCGUGGAGCGUGAUAUCACAAGUCCCGUUCCACCAGUAUAUUAUGCCCAUUUAGUAUGUAAUCGAGCACGUUUCCAUUCUCGUGCACAAUGGAGUGACACUGAAUCAUCUGAAAGUGGAGGUAUCGCUUCAACGUUUAGUGUUGUCAAACCCGAAUUACAAAAGGGAUAG